AUGGCGCGCCCAUUCCCAUAUAACUUCAUAUCAUGCCCCUGCGUCGAUAGCCCUCGCCCCACGCCAGCUUCAAACCGGCUCUCUAAGGACCUUUCCAGCCUGAGUCUUAAGGCUUCAGAUUCAGAUGAAGACGAGCGGACGUUUGACCCGAGAUCACGUCGCGCAAACUACUCCCUAUACCCCCCAGAACACCUCCUAUAUUGCGAAGACUGUCAUCAGAUAAAAUGCGCAAGAUGUAUAACAGAAGAGAUCGUUUGUUGGUAUUGCCCUAAUUGCCUAUUUGAAACUCCGAGCAGCAUGGUAAGGAGUGAUGGGAACAGAUGUGCGCGUAAUUGCUUCAAUUGUCCCAUUUGCACAUCUCCGUUAACAAUCACAACCAUGAACAAUGCGGAGAAUGGGGCAUCCCAGAAUGGUCCUUGGAUUCUAUCCUGUAGCUAUUGCAUGUGGACAAGCCUUGAUAUCGAUAUAAAAUUCGAUAAGCCAACCAAUAUACGAGCUCAACUACUGUCUCUAAAAAAUGGAGCGAACCGAAGACCUUCAGAAGUCAGGGCCUCACAGUUCAAAUCACCGCUUGCGAGCUUUGCCUCUACACCUAGCCUACCAGAAGAAGAGCAAGAUGAGAAGUUGGGAAGUCCGAUGUCCUUUGACAACAAGCCUGCGUUAGGCCAUGAUGCCAGGUUUACGGCCCUAAAGAAUUUCUACCGCACUCAGAUUGCUGAGACAUCAUCGUCACCAUCGGAUCACUUGAUAGGAGGUGACUUUGGGUUAUACUCUUCCCCCAAUGCGUUGAGCCGUAUCAUGUCCCUUUACAAUACAGGCGUUGGAAUGCAUGGGAAUAAUAAAAAGAGCAAAUCCAAACCCCCAGUCAUGCGUGAAGCUUUGACACAGGCAGAGGGGUUAAUUAUUCCCACAACUGGAUCUGAGGAUCAUAUCAUUGAAAAGAUGGCAGCCGAAGGGUGGGAUGGGCUGGCGUCGAUGGAGCAACAGCAGUUCCAACAGCCUUCUACACGAUUUGUCGAUGACCUACUACCGCUUCCGGUCCUACUGCGCACAAAGAGGUCCAAACGAUGCAAAGCAUGCAAGCACAUCCUCGUUAAACCGGAAGUCAAACCGCAAUCUACUAGAUUCCGCAUCAGACUUAUUGCUCUCAGCUACCUGCCGCUUACCUCAAUCCGUCCGCUGUACCCAUCAUCAGUUGCUCUUCCGAUCAACCUAGAAGCACUUGAGCCCUUGAAACCUAUACAAUUCCUCCUAACUCUCAAAAACCAUAUGUUUGAUCCUAUCCGUGUCACACUCGCAACUCCAUCAGUGACUCCAGGGCCCGUUUCUACAAAGGUAACGAUUCUAUGUCCCCAACUUGAAGUCGGCGCCAAUACAGAUGUCUGGGAUGAGGCCCUCCAGUCCGGAAAUAUGCCUGAUCCGAGAUCUUCCCGGCAUGGCGGCGCUGAGAGAGUUGCAGAAGCUGGCAAAGUCUGGGACAAGGGACGCAAUUGGACCACUGUUGCUAUGGAAGUUGUCCCCGGUGCAAUUAAGAGCAAAAAUAAGCAAGUUCAACAAGAUACAGAUGAUGAAGACCAAGAUAUAGUUGAGAUCCCUGUAUUUGUGAGAAUUGAAUGGGAAACAGAUGGAGGGAACGAAGAAUUAGGGUUCCGGUCUGAAAACACCAAGAAAAGCGAGUCAGAUACAGUAAAAAGAGAGCUUGCAUACUGGAUGACACUUGGGAUAGGGAGGAUUAAGGCUGAUGCCUCUUGA